GGAAAACACGCCUCGCACAGUUUCCACCGACCCGCAAGGCCGUAACGAGUCGCUCUAGUUGCUACAGCAGCAAUCGCCGCCCGUCUAUAGAGCAUAAUAAUACAUACAUUAUUAUAGUAUAUGGGUACGUCGUGUAGUACGUUAUUCGCUCUAUACACCUAUACAUCUCGCCAUUCUCAUCUCGACGCGAAACGGCAAGCGCGAACUUACAGUACCGCCGCCACCGCYACCACCGUUGCCGCUGUCGCUGCAAACCGCACACAAUACAAAUUCGCGCGUUCCCGUUGGCGGUCGUCGCGCGCCAUAUAUAUGAAGUUUUCCAAGACUGUGGGCAACAGCUGGCACAAUGUGCUCGACCAACUCCAGCCAGGAGUACCUGGUGGCGCCAUCAAAGGACGGCAUGGACGAGACGAGCUACAUACUUCAGCAGCGUCGGCGUCAACAACAGGUUAUGAUCAAUUAUUUUGAUGGAUAUAAUUAUACGUAUAUAUAUAUAUCAUAAAAUAUUAUAGGUAUUCCAUAUGCGUUUAAUUUGUCUGGUGUCGGAAUGGGAGUUAUAUUAUUGGCAUUGGUUGCGAUUGUCACAGAUUAUUCRUUAGUACUCAUGUUAAGGAGUGCACACAUAAGCGGUUCUUUUUCAUAUCAAUCAUUAAUGAAAUCUGCUUUUGGCAGAUAUGGUUUCGUAGUUUUAUCCUGUUUACAAUUUAUUUAUCCUUUUAUGGGUUUUAUGUGCCAUCACAACGUAUUUUUGUUGUACGACUCAAUCGAAGGAGCAAGUCAAACUAUUUGGAACUGUGUAACACAUGUCGCGGUCACAAUAUCGUUCUUGCUAAUGGUUGCAUUUGGGCUAGUUGGAUAUGCUACAUUUGGUGAUCUUACUCAAGGUGACUUGUUGGAAAACUAUUGUUGGAAUGAUGAUUUAAUCAAUAUAUCAAGGUUAUUGUUCUCAUUAACAACGCUGCUCACAUUCCCGUURGAAUGUAUGGUUACAAAAGCUGUUGUCGAUCAGGCGCUUAGGGGUGGUACCGAUCCCAUUCCAAUGUCAAAAAAUAGACACGCUAUAAUUACAAUUUCUAUUCUUGUGGCAACCUACUUUGUUUCCAUAUCCACGAAAUGUCUUGGAAUAGCCUUAGAAAUAAACGGAGUUUUAGCUGCAAUUCCACUGGCAUUUGUUUUACCAGCAGCAAUCUAUAUUAAAAUUUCCAAUGAUUCAUGGAUAAAAAAGAUUCCUGCGUAUUGCUUAGCCCUGUUUGGCACAGUAGUAGCUGCAUCUGGAAUAUCAUUAGUCGUAUACGAGAUUUUAACUUUUACUGCGGAUUCUUGCGAAAAUGAUAAAAUAAUGGAUCACUGUUACAUUAACGACACGUACCUUCCAAAUGGUGUCAUUAUCCAUUGAACUAAAUUGAUUUUWWUAAGAAUAUAAUUUAAAUUAUAACAUUUAUGGUUACAUUCUAGUCUAACAAAUAUAUUUUUUUCUUAACUCAGAAAGAUUCUUACUUAUUCAAUCAUGUAUACAGGUAUACUAGGUAUAAGGU